CUGGCCAUGGAAUUCCCAUCAGAAGACAUUUUUUUAAUGACAGCUUCUCCAGUUAUAAAAGCUGUAACGAAUUUCAAACAGGUUUCCAAAACACUUGAGGAGUUUGAUGUGGAAGAGCAACCAAGUUCUCUAUUAGAAAAAAGAUAUCCCAAUAUUAAAGUUAUACAGUCUGGAGUAAAACAGUUGAAGAGUGAUGAACAUAAAAUUUUCACUGAAGAUGGGAAAGAAUAUACGUAUGAAAAACUUUGUCUGUGUGCUGGAGCAAAACCAAAGUUAAUUUUUGAAGGAAACCCAUAUGUGCUGGGAAUCCGGGACACUGACAGUGCACAGGCUUUUCAGAAGAAUUUGGCUCAAGCUGAGAGAAUAGUAGUGGUAGGAAAUGGUGGGAUUGCGCUUGAAUUAGUGUAUGAAAUUCAAGGCUGUGAAGUCAUCUGGGCUAUCAAAGACAAAGCCAUUGGGAACACUUUUUUUGAUGCAGGAGCAGCUGAAUUUCUCAUUCCGAAGCUGACUGCUGGAAAACAAGAGACUCCGAUUGAAUGUAAAAGAACCAAGUAUACAGUGGCAGGAAGUGAGGAAAAAGAAAGACCUGAAGCAGCGUCUGACGAACUGGGCAGUGCCUUAGGCCCCGAUUGGCAUGAGGGCUUACAUCUUAAAGGGACUAAAGAGUUUUCUCAUAAAGUACAUAUUGAAACACUAUGUGAAGUAAAGAAAAUACACUUACAGCAAGAAUUUAUACAGCUGCAACGGACUUCUCUGGCUUUUCCUCAGGAUGAGGGAGAUGCAGAAGGGGAUGAGGUGCUGUGGCCUGUAUAUGUGGAGUUAACCAAUGGAAAAAUUUAUGGAUGCAAUUUCAUUGUCAGUGCCACCGGAGUUGUGCCAAAUGUUAAACCAUUCCUUGAUGGCAAUAAUUUUGCUGUAGGUGAAGAUGGAGGUCUCAAAGUAGACAGACACAUGCGGACAUCCCUGGCAGGUAUCUAUGCAGCUGGAGAUAUCUGCACGGCAGCGUGGGAGCCCAGCCCGGUGUGGCAGCAGAUGAGGCUGUGGACUCAAGCUAGGCAGAUGGGCUGGUAUGCUGCAAAAUGCAUGGCAGCAGAUAUGUCAGGGGAGUCUAUUGAGAUGGAUUUCUGCUUUGAACUAUUUGCUCACGUUACAAAAUUUUUCAAUUACAAGGUGGUGGUUUUGGGAAAAUACAACGCUCAAGGCCUGGGUUUAGACCAUGAACUGAUGCUGAGGUGUACCAAGGGGCAGGAGUAUGUUAAAGUAGUGAUGCAGAACGGCCGGAUGGUGGGAGCUGUGCUGAUUGGUGAAACGGACCUGGAAGAAACCUUUGAAAACUUAAUUUUAAACCAAAUGGAUCUUUCAGCCUAUGGUGAAGAUCUCCUGAAUCCAGACAUCGACAUAGAAGAUUAUUUUGAUUGAAUAAAAACACAU